AUGCCUCCACAAGGUCAACGUACCUUUACCGACGAAGAUCAAAUCAAGUUUUUACUUUCUUGUAUUCGCAACUCCCACAAUGGACAGGUCGAUUAUGGAACAGUUGCUACCGAAACCGAAACAGUCAGCAAGGGGGCUGCUAUAAAGCGUCUUGCCCGUAUCACUGCCAAGUACUCCAUGACAAAUGCCGACUCUGGUAAUGCAUUCACCCUUAUUGUUAGUUUUAAUGCUAAAUCAGCGACUCCAGGAGAAAAAGGGGCCAGUCGUGGGAGCAAAGAUGCCGCGAAAGCGAAACCUAGCCCAAAGAAGUCUGUGACCAAUGCUGGGAUCACCAAGAAUCGUGCAGCAUUAUCUAAGGGGAAGAAGACAGUCGGUGUCACUGUAGAGACUGAAGAUACGGACGACGAGAUCUACGAUGCUGAAGCCUAG